CCCGUCUGCACACAUCAUUUUCCUGCCGGUGCACGAGUUGUUUCUACGAGUAAUACGUGAUAAAGUCUCCACUUAUCACUGACUCAUGUCAAACGCUCGAAUGGAAUCCUUGCGUGCCACGCCAAAGAAUGCCGCCAAGAGCUGCACAGAAUGUCGGCGACGCAAAGUUCGCUGCGUGCGAAUCCCUGAUGAUGCGCUCGAGUGUCGACAGUGUCAGGAAAGGCGAGUCGUAUGCAUCGCCCAGACCGCGAGUUCUCGCCAGCGUCAGACACAGCGGCUUCCGUCGCGAUUACGGAUCACUCAGCUUGAGGCCCAAGUAUCACAGUUGACCAAGACCCUUGGCAACCUUGAGAGAAAGCUUCGACAUGAUGAAAGCUUGACCCAUAGUAAAGGUAUCGGUGAUCACAACUUCGACACAACGCACUUGGAUGGAGAGGACUCGGAAGGAGAUUCGAGUGCCACGGAUCUUAUUGAUGCAGAGGAGCCUGCCCAUCUACGGUCACUCUUCCAAAACCCCUGGCUUAGUGUCGAUAUGGAUCGACGUACUAGGCAGCAACAAGAACGAAAAGCCAAAGCCUGCGCACAUCUGCUCGAGGUGGCGCGGCCUGCACUCCAGAAAUUGAUCCCUUCGUGGGAGGAAGCAAAAAACAUCACGAUGCAUACUUACGAUUGGCUUCAAUUGCUAGAGUUGAUUCUUCCUCAGCCAUUCGCAGCGAAAUCGCAGUGCGAGCUGAUGGGCAAUUACGUGGAGGUCAGCCAGCCAAAUGUGGACGUCAUUCGCCUGGCUACGUGGCUCUUGGAGGUGGCUAUCACAGCUCUUCAAGUUUCCCAGCGGCCUACCAUUCCCGCGUACGAUAACCGAGUAAUGCAGAAACAGCUAGCGUUCUCGCACGCUGUGUCGGAUGCAGUUGAGACGACAAUCCUUAUUCAUGAUAGGGUAGUAGGUACGCUUGAGGGGCUUGGAAUGGCCCUGCAUUUCGCUCGACUCCAAAUCGGCUACGGUAAUUUCCAGAAAGCUUGGGUUCGACUGCGGCACAUUGUUGCGCUUGCCGAGCUCACGGGGUUACCAAAAACAGUCCAGCUUUUUCGUCUCAAAGGUUCGAGUGCUCAGGCUAGCAAUGACAUUCUGGCCCGGAAAGCACAACUCUGGGAAUCCAUUUGCGGCGUCGAUCGGAUAUUGGGGAUGAUGAUGAACAUACGCCCUGAUACACUCCGGUACCGCCAAACAACCUCUACUGAACUUGUGGUGGACGGGGCUGUUCAGCCACGUGUCUACCUCAGUCAGCUAGCAGGAAUAGCUGCUCGGAUUCAUGAGCUUGAAGAUAUGAACGUGACGCACGAACCAGACAUAAAACCAAGCACGUUAGCCUUAGAGAUUGCCAGAGAAGCGGGAGAGCUUGCAUCCCGAACACCAGCAUCGUGGUGGGUGCACAACAAAAUUGAGAACCUGCGAGCGGAUCACAUCAUACAGCUGGUUCAUCACUACGUGGUCAUGAGAGCGCAUCUCCCGCUAGCUCUGCGACAGGAUUGCGGUACGGAAUAUUUGUACAACCGGCUCGCUUGUAUGGACGAGUCAACAUCCGUCGUAGAGCGCUAUCUGUUUGUCCGCCGAAGGCUGCAUUCUGGAAUUUUCAUAUCUCGUAUCUUAGACUUGCAGGCCUUCACAGCGACGGUGAUCCUGCUCCUCAUGUCACACAGCUGGCCUUGCAUGAAAAGGUACAGCAUUCAGAUUGACAGAGGUCAGCUUCAGACUACCGUGUCUCAGGUCAUCGAGCUCCUGCGAGAGAAGUCGAAGGAUAAAGCUAGUACUGACUUCGCCGAACAUGGGAUGCAUACCUUGUGCGCUCUCAAAGAGCUGUUGAGUAGAGAAGACCUCGGGGCUGGUAGUCAAGAGCUGACACUAAACGCUCCUUUGCUUGGAAAGAUUCAUAUUCGCCGAAAUAUGGCUUCUGCUUGUCCUGAAGCCAAUGUUCAGUCCUUUCGAGAGAUGUCUGCUAGCCCUUCAUCAUCGGGGUCGCAAGCACAGGCGUUCCCAUCUGGACAAGAGCAAACCCCUACCUACGCAGAAACUCACGUCUAUGACAACAUGCCGUUGGCUACUGACUGGCAUUGGACCAAUUUAUCCUGGGUUGUUGAAGAGAGUGCAACCAACAAUCUGUUCGAGGAUCCUCUACCGCUCGUGAAUUUUGAUCAGGCCACACUAGGGUCGGAUUUACUCUGACAUGGCCUAACAUCUCGGAGCCUUGAGCGCGAGUCUACAGUGGAAGACGACUGCGCCGAAAUGCUAACAACAAGAUUCAAGCAAAG